UAGCGCGCUCUGCGGCCGACUCGGAGCUAGUAAACCCCACCCCCACCCCGCGCGCGCCCACGCGCACGCUCAGACUCCUGGGAGUUGUAGUAUCCAUUCAACUUUCGGCUAGAACCAUGGCGGUGACCAAAGAGCUCUUACAAAUGGAUCUGUACGCGCUGCUAGGCAUUGAGGAGAAGGCGGCAGACAAAGAGGUGAAGAAGGCGUACAGGCAAAAAGCACUCUCCUGCCACCCAGACAAAAAUCCAGAUAACCCCAGAGCAGCUGAACUCUUCCACCAGCUGUCCCAGGCCUUGGAAGUGCUGACUGAUGCUGCAGCCAGGGCUGCAUAUGACAAGGUGAGGAAAGCCAAGAAGCAGGCAGCAGAGAGGACCCAGAGACUUGAUGAGAAGAGGAAGAAAGUGAAACUUGACCUGGAGGCCAGGGAGCGGCAGGCCCAGGCCCAGGGGAGUGAGGAAGAGGAGGAGAGCAGGAGCGCCAGCACACUAGAGCGGGAGAUUGCUCGACUUCGAGAAGAGGGCUCCCGUCAGUUGGAGGAGCAGCAGAGGCUGAUCCAGGAGCAGAUCCGCCAGGACCGAGAACAGAGGCUGAGAGGGAGAACAGAAAAUAUUGAAGGCAAAGGAACCCCCAAACUAAAGCUAAAGUGGAGGUGCAAGAAGGAGGAUGAGUCCCAAGGUGGCUACUCCAGAGAUGUCCUCCUGAGAUCUUUCCCAGAGGCCCCCAUGUACAAUGCCUGUGGAAGUUCCCAGAACACUCCUUUGCAACUGUUGGUUCCAGGAGCUUCUUCCUUGAUCGAGUACUGGGAUCACUUGCAGAUCUGUGGGCAGCUUGAGUCUCAUGCUCUGUUUGCUGAUGACAUUGGGCCUUUCCCCUGCAUUUCCUCUGCCUACCUCUCCUGCACUGUCAGCGCCUCCUGCACUUGCAGCCCAGGGCAGGCAUCUUUCCUUCCUUACCCAUGCUUCUGA